CCAAGAUGGCGGCGCCCAGGUAACGUCCACGUGGGUGUUCCGGGAAGGGAAGUGCCUGACGGAGGCGGUGUCGAAGCCAUGGCCGGUCGCAAUAACAACAGGCUGCCCACCAAUCUGCCGCAGCUGCAGAACCUGAUCAAGCGAGACCCGCCUGCUUACAUCGAGGAGUUUCUUCAGCAGUAUCGCCAUUACCAGUCCAAUGUGGAGAUAUUUAAACUGCAACCUAAUAAGCCCAGUAAAGAUCUGGCUGAUUUGGUGAUGUUCAUGGCUCAGGUUGGUCAUUGCUACCGUGAACACCUCUCAGACUUUCCACAGCAGCUGAAAGAUCUACUCGCCUACCAUCACACUACUUUGGACGCCGAUCUUCGGAUGACUUUCUGCAAAGCCCUGAUCCUCUUGCGAAACAAAAACCUGAUCAACCCCACGAGCCUGCUGGAACUUUUCUUUGAGCUCCUCCGUUGCCAUGAUAAACUUUUACGAAAAACGCUGUACAGUCACAUCGUGACUGACAUCAAGAACAUCAAUGCGAAACACAAGAAUAACAAAAUGAACACCACGCUCCAGAGUUUUAUGUACACGAUGCUACAAGACAGCAACCCAACGGCAGCCAAGAUUUCUCUGGAUGUGAUGAUAGAACUGUACAGGAGGAACAUCUGGAAUGAUGCCAAAACAGUGAAUGUCAUCACCACAGCCUGCUUUUCCAAAGUCACCAAGAUAUUAGUUGCAGGCUUGAAAUUUUUCCUCGGUAAAGAUGAAGAUGAAAAGCAAGACAGUGAUUCGGAAUCGGAGGACGAUGGCCCCUCAGCGAGAGACUUGGUGGUGCGAUACUCCACAGGAAGGAAGACCACCAAGAACAAGAAGAAGUUGGAGAAAGCCAUGCGAGUCUUAAAGAAACACAAGAAGAAGAGGAAGCCAGAAGUGUUCAACUUCUCAGCUAUUCAUUUAAUCCACGACCCGCAAGACUUUGCAGAGAAAUUGCUGAAACAACUGGAGGCCUCCAAGGAAAGGUUUGAAGUGAAGAUGAUGAUGAUGGAACUAAUUUCUAGACUCGUCGGGAUCCAUGAGCUUUUCCUUUUCAACUUCUACCCCUUUGUACAAAGAUUCCUACAACCGCAUCAGAGAGAAGUUACCAAGAUUCUGUUGUUUGCCGCACAAGCUUCCCACCAACUUGUACCCCCAGAGAUUGUCCAGUCGGUGUUGAUGACAAUCGCCAACAAUUUUGUCACGGACAAAAAUUCUGGAGAAGUGAUGACCGUUGGGAUUAAUGCUAUCAAAGAAGUGUCAGCUAGAUGCCCGCUCGCCAUGACAGAAGAUUUGCUGCAAGACUUGGCCCAGUACAGAUCUCAUAAGGAUAAAAACGUCAUGAUGUCGGCAAGGACGUUGAUUCAGUUGUUCCGGUCACUGAAUCCACAGAUGUUGCAAAAAAAAUUUAGGGGUAAACCAACAGAAGCCACCCAGGAAGCCAAAAUUCACGAAUAUGGGGAAUUGAAUGCCAAAGACUACAUUCCAGGAGCUGAAGUCUUAGACCUUGAGACCAAGGAUGAAGAUGAACGUGAAGAAGAUGGCUGGGAGAGCGCCAGUCUGAGUGAAGAGGACGAAGAUGGACAAUGGAUUGAUGUCCACCAUUCCUCAGAUGAAGAGCAGCAAGAACUGGCUGAGAAAGUCAAAAGCAUGCCCAUGGAGCAGAGGAAGGCUAAAGCGGCGGCCGUCAGCACCAGCAGACUUCUCACCCAAGAAGAAUUCCAGAAAAUACGCCUGGCCCAGCUAAGCAAAGAACUCAACUCUGCCCCAGGCAAAGCUGCAAAGAGGAAAAAUGUUGAUGUAGACAGUGAAGAGGAAGCAAGGGGAGAGCUGCUUUCCCUCAGGGACAUCGAGCAUUUACACAAGAAGCCCAAGUCAGACAAAGAGACGAGAUUGGCCACGGCGAAGGCUGGCAAGACAGACCGAAAAGAAUUUGUGAAAAAGAAAACAAAGCUGAAUCCCUUUGCCAGUUCUACUAACAAAGAGAAGAAGAAGCAGAAGAACUUUAUGAUGAUGCGAUACAGCCACAACGUCCGGUCCAAAAACAAGCGUUCGUUCAGGGAGAAGCAGUUGGCCUUGCGGGACGCACUCCUGAAACAGAGGAAAAGGCUAGUCAAGUAACUGUGGACACAGCCAGAGACAAAGACCAUAUUUUGUGUCAUUUAUCAGCUUGGAUUUCUGAUGCUUCCUCCUGUUCUUGAAUUACCUAAGCUGCCAGUGAGUUUACAAGCAUGAACAUUACACCUGGCUUGUUGAAGACAGUGACUCCUCCUGCUCACCACAUAUGAGUAAAAAUCACUCAGUGACUAUUUAAAGAGUUUACAAGCUGGAAAUAUACCUUGAGGAAUGGACUUGCCUUUUAAUUAAAUGCAAUUUAUUUGAGUGCAUUUCCAGCUUGCUGAUAGGUUAGGACUCUAAUUACCUUCAUAAAAGAGCUGUGACUUCAGCGGCAAAGAUCCUUCCUGAGUAAACCACGUGGACUGCAACGGCUUUCUAAGUAAAUCAGUAUGAGAAGAUUAUAUAUCUCUGUAAAUGUUCUACCUGAAUGUGAGAAGAAACGCAGUACUCUGGUAUUGUUAUAAAAUACAUUUUAAAUACUUUA